AAUUAAAGUAAUAAUUUAAAUAUCUUUCCCAAAAAUGUUUUUUUCUACUUUUUAUUUAAAAUAGAGGAAUAUAAAAAGGAUUUUGACAAAUUUAGAUGUUAGUUAAAAAAACAGCGAAUUCUAGCUAAUUAUGUGACAUCAGCAUCCGCCAUCUUGGAUUUAAUGAAAGUUAUUUAUUUUAAUCAAUAAAAACUGGGUGGCAAAAUCUGAAGCUUUUUGACAAUAUUUAAUCUUCGUUUCAAGUUGUAUUAAUGAUUUCAGGUGGAUAUGAAUGUCUUUCGCUAUUUCUACAAGCACUAUUUCAAGAAUAUCAAAAAUUGACAAAAAAAAAAAACACCACCACCCCUAAAAUAGAGAUGUAAAUUUUUAUUGUGCUUGUUCAAAACUUGGUAUAAAACGUUUAUAUAAAAUGGAUUUACGUUGAGCACGUCGUAUUAAUAGUUGAUCUUAACGACUUAAAGCGUUUUGCCUAGUUUUUAUUAAACCUAUGUCUCAAAACUUGGUUACUAUGGUUACCAGGGUACAAAUAUCAAAAUUUUGUUUACACCAAACUGAUCCCAGAUAAAUUUUAGGAAAAGUCAUCAAAUUUCAAUGCUCUAGCCCUACUUGUUCAAAAAUUAUUACAGCUCAAAGGUGCUGGGGGACUCAAAAGCCCCCUCCCGGUCUGAAUAGGGUUAAGUAGACAUUUCACUAGGGACGAAGGAUUAGGUAGUUGAGUCGUAAGAGGAUAAACACGAAGAAACAGAUAAGAAAGAAAAGUAGAAGAUAGGAAGCUUGAUAGCAGACCUCAGCUCAGUAUUCCACUAUUUUCUGACUUGGAGGACGCAUUAAUGUAUGAAUAUUUGCCACUUCAUUGUACGAUAUUGUAAACAUGUAAAUAUUAGAGAAGAUACAAAGAUUCUAUCAAGCCUUGCUUUCUUUUACUCUUAGAACACUUCAUUGAAGGGGAUGGAGUGGGAGAAGUGGGAUGAUCUUCAUAAGGUUUAUGUUGAGAAGUCCAGCGGGCGUGGUUCUAAGAGUCCAGUGGAGGGGGCGUGAUUCUAAGAGUCCAGUGGAGGGGGCGUGGUUCUAAGAGUCCAGGGGAGGGGCGUGAUUGUAAGAGUCCAUUGGAGGGGCGUGAUUUUAAGAGUCCAGGGGAGGGGCGUGAUUCUAAGAGUCCAGUGGAGGGGCGUGAUUCUAAGAGUCCAGUGGAGGGGCGUGAUUCUAAGAGUCCAGGAGGAGCGUGAUUCCAAGAGUUCAGUGAAGGGGUGUGCUCCUGAGCAUUCAAUGAAGGAAGGCGCCUGCUUUGAAGGGUCCUUGGGAAAACGAGAGUAAGGAGAAUAUUGAAAAUUGAGCAGUUAUGUAGCAGGCUAUUAUUCCCAUGAUCUAUUUUUGUGCAAGAAGAGUGUAUUCAGUACAUACAGUAUAUUUUCAGUACAAACAGUUUCACGUCCUUUGAUACAGUAUAAUGUAUGCUACAUCCGUGCCACAAGUCUGAUCAGAGGGGUAUGCAACAUUUUCCUAAAAUCUAUCUCUUCUAGCCUAUUCCACUAGAGCUGUUUCCCUUUACACCGAGAGUUCUUUAGUCGAAGUACUAAAGUUAUUAGCCCUAUACUUUUCCUCUGUUUCCGAUAGCCUUUUGACAGUAUUUCUCCAGGACAAAGCCUUUGCCAAGCUUUCUUUUGCUAGACAAACCUGUCAUCCCAUCCGCACCUUCCUGUCCGCCGGCUAUGUAAGUCAGCUUGCUUGAUCCGGGAGACUGCGUUGCAUUGGUGGAUACGUCCUGUCCUGGGAAUACAAUAUCCUUAAGGUGUGACCUAAAGACUCUUGAAGACGUGAAGUAGAUGAUCGGGUUAAGAGCGCUGUUGGAGAUGGCUAACGCGCCUGUCAGCAUCCGCACAGUGUAGUCCAGCUCAUAGCUUAACUUCAGAUUAGCAAAACGCUUGACCAAGUUGUAGAGGAAAAAGGCCGAAUAGGGGAUGCAGAAGGCGAUGAUGACCUUCACGAACUUUUGGACAUCCUUAAAGCGGGAGUGUCCCAAUGUAUGUUCUUAUUAGCUCUUAUCUCACGCUUUCUCUUCUGCAGGAACCCAGACAAGCUAGCUGCGGUGAAAAACAUGAUAAAGAAAGGCACUAUGUAAACGAUGAACGUGACAAUGCCGAACACUAUUUUCUCCCACGUUUUUUCGCUGCUAGACACACAGGCGUACGUGUAGACGGCUUCGUUUACCUCUAUGUACUUGUGUUUCAUUGGAAGGUUGAGAAUGGCUGCGAGAGUUCCACCCACGAUCCACGCGGCAAUGACUUGUUUUUUCGCGUUGGCGUGAGGGCGCUCGAAGUGGGUAGAAUAUCGCCAUGUACCUCUCCACACUGAUGACGACUAGAUUCAUGAUUGUUAUAAAUGGGAAGCAAAAGAAGGGGAAGUUGUGGACAAUACAGUUCUGAAGAUGUCCGCAAAGACAAGGAUAAGAAGCAGCGGAACUCCAAUAACCAGACAAAACAGAUCAGUCAGUGCCAAGCUUUUCAUAAAGUAUAAGAUAGAAGACAUUCAUUGAACUACCAUUAGCAAAGAUCAGCACGCAGACUAUCUACAGUAUCAAGAUGUCAAACGUUCAUAUGCCAUCGGUAAACACCACAAUCACAAUCACCCCGACAAACAGCACAGCACCGGAACAAGACGAAGCGUUCUACCUGACAAAGGUGAUCAGCUACGCCUCAGUGUCUGUGCUGAUCAUAGCGGGUAACCUGCUGUGUCUGGUGGUCUUCCUGCGUACUCCGCAGAUGAGGAGGAAGAGGGCCUACUACCUGCUGGUCAGUCUGAGUAUCGCGGACGCACUUGUGGGUAUCAGCUGUGCGGAGAGGACCGCCCAGAUGAGGUAUCCCGCCGUAGCGAACGAGAACAGCAACACUUUCAGCGUCCUAAACUUCCUCGCCAGCCCCGCUUCUCUGUUUACCCUAUCAGCGAUCUCCAUCGAACGCUUCAUAGCCACGGUAUUCCCACUGCGACAUCGAAUCUUCGGAGUCCUUCCCUACGCAGUCUUGCUUGGCGUCCCAUGGGCCUCCGCGGCCGUGAUUUUCAUGAUAGUGAUUUUCACGAAAUUGAAAGUACUGCCAUCUGUUUGGGUGACGUACACAAGAAUCACCAUUCCUAUCCCCUUACUCAUCAUCUUCAUCUGCUACACCGCCCUCGUUGCGAAACUCAAGUACGGCAGUCGCGUGAUGUCGGUCGGUAACGGGCAGUUAUUGCGUGACAGGAAGCUGGCCAUCACUCUUCUGAUUGUCACGCUUCUCUCCUUGAUCACGUGGGUGCCGUUUGGCGUUUACGUAGAAGUGUUAAACUACUGUGUAACGUGCAAGGAAGAACGGUACGCCAGGGAUUUAUAUCUCGUGCUUAAUUGUUUGAAGGGUCUCAACUCGGCAAUUAAUGUUGUUGUCUAUAUGUUUAGAAUGCCGGACUUUAAGAGAGGCGUCGGUAAAAUUGUACCCGGUCGCCAACAGAACAUGUCGUGAGAAACUCAUGCAAUGUCGUCCGGCUAGGCAAUAUCGAACCUCUGUCAGCCGCCAUUUUGUCAUCGUAGCGAAAUAUUAAGUGCGAGAGAAAGCGUCCGAUUCGGCUAAUUUGGGGAAACUGUUGCGAUUUUUUCGGUACUAAAGCAUGAGACUUAUCUUUUGGGUUUUUUUUAGAUUUGUUCUCAUAACUCCUCCUCCAAUAUUUGGUUGAAAACAAUAACAAAGGUGUGGCUGACAAGCCAAACAGCAAAACAUUACGUGCAACUAUCUUAGACCCUAUGCAAGUCACUUAAUCGGAAUGGAAUGGCCUAUUGAUAAAAAACGUCAUUUGUGGAUCUGAUUAGUCUUAUUCCCUUGGAUUACGUGAAUAAUUAAGAGGUCGAUUGGUUGCUUUCGGUGUACUUAUUCUUUUCAGAUAAUAGCUUUCAACGAAGGUGAAAUCGUUUGCAAAGACGAAACAUAUAGGGUAUAUAGGGUACAUGGCAGCUAUAUAGGGUACA